AUGCUUAUUCUGUUCCUCCUUCUUUGGUGGCAACGCGACAGUAAAAACGUUCCUCCGGGUCCAUGGGGUCUCCCAGUGGUCGGGGUUCUCCCAUUUCUUGGGAGAGACCCUCAGCUCACCAUGAUGCAAUGGGCUAAAAGGUAUGGCAACGUAUUCAGCGUGAGAAUGGGGACCAAAACUGCGGUUAUACUGAUGAAUGGUUAUGAAGCUAUUCGAGAAGUGUUUCAGAAGAAAGGAGCAGAUUGCUCGGGCAGAGCACGUAUGCCAACUUUUGGAUAUCUAGGCGGAAGAGGUAUCUUGUGGAGUGAUGCCAGUCAAACACAGAGAACACAAAAAGAAUUCGCCAUGAAGUAUCUGUCAAAGGCCGACAUCGAGUUUCACACUCAGAAGGAAAUUGAUGCUCUCGUACAACAUAUAAAAGACAAAAACGGCGAGCCUUUUGACUUUAGUUGUCUAAUAAGUGCCCUGGCAUCAAACAUAAUAGGUGCCAUUUUGUUUGGAAAAAGGCAGGACUAUGACGACCCAGAUUUCAUAGGUUUGAUAGACUCAUACCACAACGCACUCGAUCUCAGCGCACAAGCAUCCAUCGAAAACUGUUUUCCGUUUCUCGGGUUUUUACCGCAAUGCAAACGCGGGAGAAACGCAUGGAGAACCUUUGCAAAUAAUUUCAAUUGGAUGAUGGCACACAACAGAACAGGUUACAGGGCAAACGCAACACGUGGUCUUGCUGACGCUUUUCUCCACAAGUCCAAUUUGCGAGGUCCGGACUGUCAGUUGCUGUUCAGUGAAGACGACACGGCAACGAACUGUCGAAGCUUAUAUUUUGCCGGUUCUGAGACAACUUCACUUACAAUGACAUGGGGAAUGUUGUUUUUAUUGUCCAACCGAGACGCCAUUUCCAAAAUCCAAGCAGAAAUAGACGAAAUGGUUGGACAGGAACGUCGACCUGCUCUUGCCGAUAGGCCAAAACUGCCCUUCACCUGUGCAACAUUAAUGGAGAUACAGCGUUGCAAUUACAUCUCGCCGUUUUCGCUACCUCACAAAGCCACAAAUGACGUCACAGCCAAUGGACACCUCAUACCCAAAGGAACAACCAUUUUGGCAAAUCACUGGUCCAUCUUCAUGAACAACGAACUUUGGGGCAACCCACAUGCAUUCCAACCCGAGAGAUUUCUGGACGAAUGUGGAAGAUUAAAGAAAAUCGAGCAGUUUAUUCCAUUUUCUGUGGGGCCACGAUCCUGCCCAGGAGAAGUGCUUGCGCGGCAAGAGUUGUUUCUCGUCUUUACGGCCUUACUUCAGGGGUUCUCUUUCCGUGUCCCGGAUGGAGAAGCGCUUCCAGAUCUGCAUUACCCUGCACCAGGUAUGAUGAUAUACCUGGUAACAGGCAAGCUCCCAUCAAACUCUGAAUCUCAGGGUGGUUCAGAUGACAGCAUGUGA